UUCUCACUUUUUGUAUAUAUCCCCCACUAAAUAACCUCCCCUUUUCCUAACCCUUCUUCUUCUUCUUCUUCAAUUCUUCAAUCUUCAUCUGCAUCCAUGUCAUUCAACUCCACAAAUACCUCUGCCACCACGACACAACGCCAGCCCAGCCGUCUCCAACGGCGUGCUCCUGCAUCUCUGAAAAUCAGCCCUGCCGCCGCAUGGAACGUCGCGAUUCCCCUUCUAUCGCCUCUCGCCUCCUCCCCGUCGUCGGAGGACCGGAUUUGUCGGAAGACGGAAGCGAAGCCUAGGGAGGAGUCGAGGCAGGAGCAGCAGCAUGAGAAGCCGGUAUUCAAGAAGUGGCAGCACCCGGCGGCGCCGUUCUGCUACGAGCCGGUGCCGCUGAUUCGGCCGUUCGUGCCGGUGUAGUCAAAGUCUCUGAAAUGUUGACUCUAAUUUUGUAGAUCCAAACGUUGCGCUUUGCAUCAAGUUGCGCACGUGAUGUCACUAAUUUUGUACACAUUAUAAAUCACUAAUUUUCUUUUUUAUGUUCA